CUGGGCUUUGUUCAAACUCGUCUUUCAACCCAAUAUGCACCAUUAUCGCAUAUAUCUUUCAGUAGUCCGCCAUGGUUGCCUUCUCUCACCUGCCGACUGAGCUGGUUGAGUCGAUCACGUUUUACUUGGCACAACAUGACCUGUACACCCUCUCUCUGGUCAACAAAAGCCUAAAUAUUCUGGCUGCACCAUACCUCUAUCGAGAGAUUGACUUGGCCAUACGUCCCGGCGAUAAGUUGCCGCGUAUUGACAGGUUUUGUCUUAAUAUUCUGAGCGACGCCCGGCGCGCGGCGCGAGUUGAGAGACUGAGCCUUGGACCGUCAUCUGAAGAUGGGGUUAAAGAGGGCCAACGCUGGCUUCCUCUGGACAGACACUUCAAUGAUGAAGCGCUGUAUCAGCUUGCUAUGACCGCUCUUGACAGGGAGCCCUUGAUAGCGGGCGGAGACUUUCUAAGGGACGCCAUCAUGCAACGAGAGUAUUCGGCAUAUGCAACUCUGAUCGUGCUGGUACUACCUGCGUUGCAACAGCUUGAAAUUGCAGACUUCACAUAUUCGACCAUGGAUCGUCUCCGUACAGUGCUUCGAAAUCUUAACGCGGAAAGAACGUGGAACCAACGCCAUCCGUCGGCAGCUCUACUAGAACGGCUGGCUUGCAUCAAGGCAGCAUCUUGCAAUGUUGAUAGAAGCUCAGGAUUACCGUAUCCAAACGAAAGAGGCUCUGUUUAUCUCGAUCAAGUCAUGAAUCUACCUGGACUUGACAAGUUGGAAUUUUCAGUGACAGAUAUGCAAGCGGGGAUGUCCAGAACCGUACCUCCAGGUGGGGCGGUGCAUUGGCCAAAUCGACUGCUUGUCUCUCAUGUGCGGACGACCACCAUCACCAGGCUUGUAAUCAGACAUUCUACAUCUUGUGCCCUCGCUGUUCGUCCACUCUUCACUUGCGCUCCUCAGCUCACAUCCUUUACAUGGGACAUUGCGUACGACUGCCACGACCGGCAGAUUGCGCCAGAGAGGUGGAUCGAUCUCGAUGCCUGGAGCACCUCGUUGAGUGCCUGCAAAAGCACGUUACAAGUACUCGUGUUCGCGGUCGAGUAUUUCGAUUCUGUGAAAUUUGCUUUCGAACAACCGAGAAUUGGGCCCCGACAGUUUGGCUACCUCGACCUCACCAGCUUUGAACACUUGCAUACCUUAGAGGUCCCGAUAACUUUCUUGACGGGUGACAGCGAGUGUUCAAUCACUGCUGAAAUUUACCCACUACCUCCACCCUAUUUGCGCCAUCUCUCCCUUCGGAUUGAUCUCACACAUGCGCAAUUAUCUUAUAAGCUGGACACAUCGAACCUCCCUCGAGGUCUCACGUUGCCUCAGUCCCAAGCUGAAGCAAGGUACACAAGUAACGCACGAAUGGACCUGGCUUAUGCCUACCACGCAACCCUGGCACUGCUCGAUCAUACUCCAGCUCUAGAAAGUCUUUCCGUCUGGCAACCUGCAGAUCCUUCAUUGAGUUGGUUUGAUGGACAAAUCUCCGACUUUGCAACUACGUGCAGCAACAAAUCAAUUAUCGGAGCCUUGGUCUUUCCAAUGCUGCUCCGCUGGAAGAAGUCUGAACAUCGAGAUCUAGUCAAGGAAGUUAGGUUCGGGCCUUCUCAGGGCGAGCGAUCGGAGCGCCUUUGCAGGGGUGAGCGGGAUGAAAUUCCAUUGGGACUGGCGUCACAGUAUCAUCUCCUUGGACUGCGCUCUCAUCUAGUUCGGCAUUGCUGAACUGCAUAUCAUGUGUCACAAACGCCCUUACUCCAUUCGUUCAUCCACGACCAUCAGCGCGAUCCUGCAGGAUUCCUGAAGCAUUCCUGCGCAGCAGACUCUUCCUAGGAGCCUUUUUACCUACCUAUACAAAUCUUUGAUCUUUUUGUCACUAGCGGCAGACUAGGUUCCGAAAAGCAAUAUCAACUUUUGGCGUUACGGAGUAUUUCUGUUCUUCAACUACAAGAUGUUUGCCCGUAAGGCUGAGUCAGGCCCUUCUCAUGUUGGCCGAUCGUGGAGUAUAGCUAGUCAUGACGCGACCACCACCGAACACGUGGAACGGGUAUACACCACCCGCAGUGCCGCGGUACCCCACAUCGCUUGC